AUGGUUGACUUCUACUUACCCUUGAAAUUAUUGAAAGAGAAGCUAUCGCCCAACAAGGAAUUGUCAGACAAUUCGUUUCCACUUAAAAACGCGUCGUCUAUAUCAAAGCGACCAAUAUCCGAAGAUGACCCGUUUAACGAUGCCAAAAAGUUGAAAUAUGAUGAAAAUGUUCAAACAAAUAUUGGUCGUCAGUCGAUAAAGUCUCCAUUUAUCAAGAAAAAUAACUUGGAAAAGAUAAAUGCAACACAUGUGACUAUUGUAUCAGAAUCGGACAACGAAACUGGCAGUACAGCAGUUGCAGAGAACCAGCUAGCUGAUGAUGAUGAAGGUGACGGAAAUGAUGAACAUGAGGACGACGAACAAGAUGAUGAUGGUGACGAUGAAGAAGAAGAAGGGGAGGAAAUUGCUCUUAUGAAAGAAGUAACUGAUACCGCAGCACAAGACCUGGAAGAGAGAAUGACAGAACAUUCGGCAUCAGAUGAAAUCGAUGAAGUUCCACUUGAUGUACUUGAAGAAAUGCAUAAGUUGGAAAUAGUGUUUCCUACUUUAUCGUCAAACUAUAGACUUAUAGACAAAAUUGGUGAAGGUACCUUCUCCACCGUCUACAAGGCUGAGGCCAUUAAUGGGGCUAUUCAGCUUGGUUCUGAAAUAUGGAAGUCACCACCACUUCGCAAGACAAAGAAGAAGAGCUUAACAUCUGCACACUCAAAGAAGAAGAAUCCGAUAGUUGCACUCAAACAAAUUUACGUGACGUCGUCUCCAAAUAGAAUUCAUAACGAAUUGAAGCUUCUUUUCCUUUUAACAGGAAACUCUCAUGUCGCGCCGCUUCUCGAUAUAUUGCGAUAUCAGGAUCAAGUUAUAGCGAUCAUGCCAUACUACCAACAUGCAGACUAUCGUGAUUUUUAUCGAGACUUGCCGAUAAAGGGUAUCAAGAAGUAUAUGUGGGAAUUAUUGCAUGCUUUGUCCUUUAUUCAUGACAAAGAUGUCAUUCAUAGAGAUUUAAAGCCAACAAACUUCUUGUACGACCCAUUCAAAGGAAAGGGGGUGUUGGUAGACUUUGGAUUAGCAGAAAAAAUGGAAACUCAACAGCAACAACACCUACAACACUCCAGUAGUAGCAGUAAAUCAAUAUUGUGUCCUUGUUUGUCGAAAGAGAGACACCAAUUGUCUCGAAAUACAAAAAGACAUAACGUUAGGGCUGCUUAUCCGAAACAGGAUCAAAGGCCCCCACGUAGAGCAAAUAGGGCGGGCACAAGAGGAUUUAGAGCUCCCGAAGUCCUUUUCAAGUGUACCAACCAGCUGACUAAGCUUGAUAUAUGGUCUGCGGGUAUCAUUGGACUUUCAUUUAUAUCCAGAAAAUUUCCAUUAUUUAAUUCGCCAGAUGAUAUAGAUGCGCUUUUAGAACUUGUGCUAGUAUUUGGCUUGGAAAAGUUACAGCAAUGCGCUGAAUUGCAUGGGUGCGGGUUGGAAGUAAGUCUACCAAAUGUCAAUACCAAUGGCAAGAAGCUAACUGAAGUAAUAGCGGAUUUCUUAAAGUUUGAAUGGGAAAAUGGUACAUUUCCUCAAGAUAGCGUGGUUUCAGAUACGCUAAAAAUUUUGAAUGAAAAAGGAGAUAACUUUGUAAGGCCAUCUGGCUCCAGUGCAGAGUUAGAAAACUAUAGAGAUCAUGUCGACUUCAUUCAGAUGUUACACGGAACUUUCAGAAUGGAUCCAGUAAAGAGAUCUUCUGCAAAAGAAGUUUUAAAAAUGCCAUUUUUUGACGACUUGAGUACAAAAGUUGAAGAUGACGUUAUCUUUUGA